CUCACUCUCUCAUAACUCACUCACGCAGUACUGCGUCUAGCUAUGAGUUUGUCUCACCUCUAACACUAAACCAAUCUCUCUCUCUCUCUCUCUCUCUCUCUCUCUCUCUCUCUCUCGUGUAAACCAGCUACCUGCUAAUCGUAACUGUGCCAGUACGUAUUUGAUUUCGGCGACUACCUAUAUAUCUGCAUACGAGCCCUGACCCAAGAGGAGGAGGAGGAACAAGAUGUUGCUGGGAAAGCGUGGAGGAGGUGCGAUUAUCAGAAGAACAAGCAGCAUGAGUGGCAUGAACAUAGACCUCGACAGCACAGAAACCCACCAGGAAUUACCAUCUGAUGAUCCCAUGAUGUCUCGUCAUCAUCAUCCCAUGGUGUCCCCGAGAUAUUCCAACAUCGCCAUCGACACUACACCUCACUUCCUUCGAACCUGUCGGCUCUGCAACCGCCGUUUAGCCCCUGGCCAAGACAUCUACAUGUACAGGGGGGACACAGCAUUUUGCAGCUUAGAGUGUAGGGAGGAGCAGAUGAAGCAGGACGAGAGGAAAGAUAAGUGGAAUAAAGUGACUUCUAAGAAACAGCAAGACUCUACUUCUUCUUCUACCUCCACCUCCAAGGCUUCCACCAAAACUCACACUGUCGUUGCUGCUUGAAUAAUUAUGUUCUCUCUUUCUUGGAUUUUAUAUAAAUCCCUCUUUGAUUUCUACUUCGGAUCCUUAGCUAUAUAUACAUAUCUGCCUCUGAUUUGUAUAACCAUCUAUCUCUCUCGCUCUCUACCUCACACCUCUUCUUUUAAUCUAUCUGAAAUUAGUUUUCUGCA